AUGCUGACUAACACCCCGCAGUCGCAAGUGGACGCAGUGGAGACCAUCGGCCUCGUGAAGCCCGUGACAGUGGUCCUGGACACGGAUGAGGGGACCUACCACAAGGUGGAUGGCCUGGGCAGGGGCUGGGAGGGCUCGCAGCAGGCCCCCUCCUCCUACCCCGGCCUGCUCCGCGUCUACCUCUCCGGCCAGCUGCCCAGCAUGGUGACAGGCGUGGUGCUGCGCAGUGCCUUUGCCCUGCUGGGCUCCGACCCCUCGGCGGAGGUCCGCGCCGUGCGCCGCGCUGCGCAGGAGGUGGGCGCCCAGGUGCAGCCUGCGGGGCGCAGCCCCGCGCUGUACCGCGCCCGGCUGGCGGCGCACGCCCUCCAGAUCCAGAACCAGGAGCUGCGGCGGGGCCAGGCGGACAUGGCGCGCAUGCGCCGCCUCAUGGACGACAGGCCGGGGGCCGCGGGGGGGCUGGAUGCCGACCGGGACGUGGGCCGGCCCCCGGACUUCAUGCACCGGGAGAUAAGCUCCAAGCCGGAGCGACCCGCCGAGGACUCUGGCCUGGGCCGCACCCCUUUUGAGGUCCAGGCCAAGAUCGAGGAGAUGAUGGCGCAGGCCGGCUGCCAGCAGCCCAACGAGGUCCUGCUUGCGGCCAAGCGCCUGUUAAAAGAGGGCCUGGCCGAGGGCGGCCCCAUCUCCGGCGAGGACGUGAUGCGGGUGCGGGGCUGCGGCCUGACGGUGCUGGAGCGGCUGCGGCGCGACGCCGCAUCGGGCGACGCGCACGGCCUCUCCUCCCUGCUCAGCGAAGUGGAGAGCGGGGCAGGGCAGCUGCCGCGGCCGCGCUGGUUCACCGAGAGCUUCAAGGCGCUCAACCAGGAGACAGCCACCAUCAUGGCCAGGCGGUUGUGGGAGGCCGGGCAAUCCUCUGGGGGCCAGCCGGUGGUGGGGCUGGUGUCUGCCUCCACCCUUCCCGACAUCCGCAAGCUCUGGCCCGCGGCCGGGUCCCCGGCCAUCCAGGCCCGAGCCGAAGAGUACCUGCAGGACCCAGGCAUGCAGGCCCCCGGCGCCGGCGUGGUUGGCUUCGCGGUCCCCGCCCUCAGCCUCGCCAUGAUCGGCAUCAUGGCCUACCGCCGUCCGCGCGUGGCCGCCUACGUGUUUGGCGGCCUGGCCGCCAUCUCCGCGCCCUCCAUCCUCCUCCAGCUGGUGGCCAUGAACCGCUUCGCCAGCUUCACAGACCGGCUUGAGCGGGUGGCACGCGACCUCGACGCUGGCGGCCCCGGCGGCGACUCCUUCAGCUUCGGCGAAUGGCAGUGA